GAACAAGGUGGCCCGAGUGUAGCACAGCUGAAGGAAUGCAGCUCAUCCCACCACGUGGACUAGCCCCUGGGAUCAGCGCGGAUUGAAAAUCAGAUCCGGGCGCAGAGUGCAGAAGGACUGGAAGCCAGCUGACUAGCAGCCACGCUUUCAACACUCCAGACAGCCCCUUGGCUCUCCCUGCUGCUUGCCCGCCCCUGACUCGGCAGCUCCCCACCUCCUUACUAAAGGACAUUUGUUAACACUCGGGGACCUCCCCAUCCCCAGCAGGAGGUCUCGGCUAAGCCGCAUCCGCUGCCACCCUCCACCCAGAUUCACUCCCUGCUCUCUUUUGCCCCCAGUGAAGACUUUGCAAACGAAAGGGUCUGUACUGGGGAUUGCUGCCUGUGGGAGGAUCAGUGUAAGGGGACGGGGUUGAAAAUGGUGGUGCUGGCCUCCCGGAACAUGGAUCGAUUCGCCAGCGGAUUCCCACCUCUUAGGAACAUGGUCAUGUGGUGCUUCAUCCUGCUCCGAUCAGUGUCUGUCCAGGACCGGACUCACUUGCACGCCGAGGAGCGCCUCUUCAAGUACCUGUUCACCAGCUACAACAGGUGGUCCCGGCCAGUCCGCAACAUCUCUGAUGUCGUCAUCGUCAGAUUUGGGCUGUCCAUCGCUCAGCUGAUCGACGUGGAUGAGAAGAACCAAAUGAUGACCACAAACGUCUGGCUGAAACAGGAGUGGAGUGACUACAAGCUGCGCUGGAACCCGGCGGACUUUGAUAACGUCACCUCCAUCCGGGUGCCCUCUGAGAUGAUCUGGAUCCCUGACAUUGUGCUGUAUAACAACGCCGACGGGGAGUUCGCAGUGACGCACAUGACCAAAGCCCACCUCUUCUCCAAUGGCAAGGUGAAGUGGGUGCCGCCAGCCAUCUACAAGAGCUCGUGCAGCAUCGACGUGACCUUCUUCCCCUUUGACCAGCAGAACUGCAAGAUGAAGUUUGGCUCGUGGACGUACGACAAGGCCAAGAUCGACCUUGAGAGCAUGGAACGUGACGUGGACCUGAAAGACUACUGGGAGAGCGGGGAGUGGGCCAUCAUCAACGCCGUGGGCACCUACAACACCAAGAAGUACGACUGCUGCACGGAGAUCUACCCCGACAUCACCUACUUUUUCAUCAUCCGGCGCUUGCCCCUCUUCUACACCAUCAACCUCAUCAUCCCCUGCCUGCUCAUCUCCUGCCUGACCGUGCUGGUCUUCUACCUGCCCUCCGACUGCGGGGAGAAGAUCACCCUCUGCAUCUCCGUGCUGCUCUCUCUCACCGUCUUCCUGCUGCUCAUCACCGAGAUCAUCCCUUCCACCUCGUUGGUCAUCCCCCUGAUCGGCGAGUACCUCCUCUUCACCAUGAUCUUCGUCACCCUCUCCAUCGUCAUCACCGUCUUCGUCCUCAACGUCCACUACCGCUCGCCCAGCACCCACAAGAUGCCCCGCUGGGUGCGCACCGCUUUCCUGGACUUCAUCCCCCGCUGGCUUUUCAUGAGGUGGCCACCAGUGCUAACGCCCCAGCAGGGGCUGAUCGGGGAGUAUGACCCGCCUGGUGCCAGGCUCAGCACCUCCAGGGGCUGGCUGGAAACGGACGUCGAUGACACAUGGGGGGACGAGGAGGAGGAGGAAGAGGAGAGGAGGCAUCCCGGACGCGCGCCCCUCCAGACAGGCUCAGAGGAGGAGGAAGAGAGGAGGCACCUCAGACGCGCACCCCUCCAGACAGGCUCCCACAAACACAGCGGGGCCGGGGGCCCGGGCGCAGUGCCCGCCUGCCAAAGGGGACAGUUGGGGUCAGAUCCCAGCCUGCUGCUGUCCCCCAGGAUCCUGAAGGCCUUGGCGGGGGUGCACUAUAUCGCAGACCACCUGAGAGCUGAGGACGCUGAUUUCUCGGUGAAGGAAGACUGGAAGUACGUCGCUAUGGUAAUAGACCGGAUAUUUCUCUGGAUGUUUAUCAUCGUCUGUUUGCUGGGGACCAUCGGACUCUUCCUCCCUCCCUUCCUGGCUGGGAUGAUAUAGGGUCUGUGCCCUGCGCUGAAGGUGGUCCUGCUCCCAGACCUGCGCCCAGGGCUGGGGAAGGGACAAACUAACUCACCCUGACUGCUGGCUCUGUGGAGCCCCUUUGGGCUUGUCCACACUGGAGAAACAUUGUCAAGCCGCGACCCCAUUUGAACUCUCACUCUCCCCGGCUUCUACCAGUGCCGAAGCCACACAUCAGCUGGGCCCAACACCUGGUUUGUACUACCAAGUGAACAGUGCAGCGGGAUUGGGGAGGGGGAACCCUACAGUGAAACCCCAACAAGAUUUUUUUCUUGAGUCACGGAAACUGCUUCAAAACUAAGCGGAUCAGAACAGAACCACAUGGGGUGCUCUGCGUUUGAAAUUAACAUGCUCGUAGCUACCUAGCAAGGCAGCAGGUGCGCCCCCUAAGAUGGGAACACGUUGCUCAGGUGACAAGGUCCAUUUCAUACUGUUCCUCCCAGCCACACACAGUUACUGAGUCCAAUUUAUCCCCCACAUGCAAACGUAACCCACUGGCCAUGAGGUGUGAGAGGUCCCCAUCAGCAGCCUGCAGCUGGGAACCUCUAACUACAGCAGCUCAUGCUUUUAGCUAGGGAGAUCCCCAGGGGUGCAGCCAUGGGAUAAGCAUCCCAGGAGUUAAUUCAGCCUAGCCCAGGUGGGAGCAGCCUCACUGCAGAGCCGUGCCUGUGUCCUCACUAGCACUGUGCUCUGCAUCUGGCGUUAGGACUCUUGGGGGUCCGGCCCGUGGUUCUUUGUGCUGCCGUCAGCUGAGCUGCUCUUCGAUUCUUCCCCAUGGAGCCGGGAGAGAACUUGUGGGAGCUGAGCCUGGAACCUGGGCAUCCCAGUUCCCCCAGUCUAGCCAGCCAACCUGGACGUAAAGUCAAACUAAAGUUCUGCCUGGCCCAAGUCAGUGCUCCCGCGGAGCUGUUCAAAACAGUACCCUGAAGCCCACCAACACAGGAGGGAAGACAAACAUUUCCUGCCUUUUCGGAAGCACCAGAGAAAAAUCAAAGAAAGCUUCUCUGAUUUUUAUCCUUGCAGCGGGCAGGGUCAUUGAUUGACAUGUGUCAGGGCUAGUGCACCCGGGGGAAGUAGGACUCAUGUCUAGGGCCCAGUUUCACUGCAGAAGGGAUGAUCACUAGACAGGCAUUAAUGUGGUGACCGAGUGGCAUGAUCCUGGCUUGUGGUGCUGAGGGUCCAUGCUUCCAAUCCCAGGGAAGGCCUGGUUGUGGAUGUAUAAACAGGCCCAUAAAUGUGGAUGUCUGGGUUUAUUUUUAAAUAUAUAUAGCUACAUUCUAGCCCAGCUGUAAGAUAUGGGCUGGAUGCAGGAAGGACUUGAAUUCCCAGUGUUGCCAGCUACUGGGGUAUUUGGUGUUCUAUUUAAUCCCCAGCCGUUGGACACAAGAGGCUGUAGGAGACACCCCCAGCUUUCUAUCCAAAACUAAAGGAAAUUGCCAGCCCUCCUAGAGAGCUUGAAAUUGUGAAGCAAGUGCAACCUGAAAGCAGAGAAAAAGACCCCCCGCCCCGUUUAUUAUCUUUAAAAAAAAAUCUCGAGUGUUAAACCGAUCUCAGGAUUGGGGGCAGGGAUAUGCUUUUGGAAUGCUUGAGGGUUGGCCAACACUGCCCCUGAGUUCUGCAAGACAUCGACUAGGCAUUCUGUGUUUGGACACCACCUCGCACGAGAAGGUCCUGGGGCGCCUACAGUGAUACAUGUAAUAAGUAAUAAUGGUCCCGUCAGGCCUCACGAUUCCAUGGCUCUCGAACAUCAAGGUGACCUCCCAGAGAUGUUUGGUGUUAUCUUCCGGGGAGGCUGGAUUGUCACCCAUAAACGUGCCCCCUUCUCCCUCAUUCCAACAUGACUGUUUUGGCCUUCCGUCGACCCAGCCUGGCCACGUACGUAUGAAGCACCCUUACAAACAGCAGCUUUCCAACACGCACCUGCUGCUGUGGCCACGUGUGAUGGCCCUGGGGGCUGGCCUAGUGAGGAGACGGGACUGAGGCCAUUUUCAGCUGGGACGCGUUGAAUGAAUGGACCAGGACGCAGAACGAUCGGCGAAAUGGAGCCGGGGCACAGGAGCAGACUAGCGAGCUGGAAUACAUUUUUCAAACACAGGCUUUAGCAUUUAUAUUGGCAGGGCCGUACGGCAUACAGGAGUCCGUGGCUGGACAUUUGUGUUUCCAGAUAGGAGGAUAAAGAUGUGUGUGCGUGUGUGGAUGCGUCUGAGUGGAUGUGUGUAGAAGGCCAGGGAGAGGGGUA